AUGAAGUCCUCGUCAAUCCUAGUAACAUCCCUCGCUGGCGUCUCUGCUACGCUGACUCCUUCGUACAACACCAGCAGCAACUCCCCCGUCGUUGUUCCCUACGAAUACACCUAUAUUCUCCCCAAUGGCUUUGUCGGAAACGAAAACUACACCUUUGCCAACGGCACAACGACCAACGAUCCUCGCAUCAACGCACUCCUAAAGUCUGCAACACAAGCACCAAUCGUUGCGUACGACGCAGAAUUCAGCAACAUCUUCGGCUCAAAUCCUGCCAUCAAACUCGUCCAAGACCGAAGUGCACAAGACGACAUGUUUGCCCACGAAGCCGGCGUCUGGGUACCCGAACGAAACGAAGUCUGGUUCUCCAACUCCCCCUCCCAACUAGCCGUCUUCCCCGGAACAGUUUAUGUCCUCAGCCUCGAUACUGGGCACGUUGGUCCCCUCAACAGCAGUAGCAAAGUCCGCAAUCCAAACGGUGGCUACUACUUUGAAGGCAAGGUCUACUUUACCAGCAUUCCUGGCCCUGCGAAUGACACCUACCCCGGCGGUAUCAUCAGCGUCGACGUCCACACUCUUGAAACUCAAACGAUCGUGAACAGCUACUUUGGGCUGCACUUCAACGGCCCGGAUGAUAUCGUCUGGGUGUACAACCCGGCCAACCGCAGCGAAAAGUACAUGUUUUUUACGGAUCUCGACUUCACCAAAGCCGCGUAUCCCAACGGGCCAUCACCGAUGCUUCCGAGCAGUGUCUAUCGUUGGGAUCCGCAGAACGAGAUAUUGCGCCCGGUCAUUAGCAGGAAUGACCUGAGCCCCAACGGUAUUCGCGUAACUCCAGACAUGAAGACGCUUUACGUACCCGACUCCUCCUCGGUGUACGAAAGCUUCCCCACGGGCGUCGGCGUGAACUCGUGGCUCGGUCCGUUCAUCUAUGCCUACAAGCUUGACGAAGACAUGCUUCCUUCGAGUCGAACAAUGUUUGGCCAGGUGCGGCUGGGAAUCGCAGAUGGGAUACAUGUUGACGAUUCCGGGCGAGUGUGGACGGGGGAAAGCGAGGGAGUGGUUUGCAGAAAUUCACUGGGCAAGGUGAUUGGCGUGCUCAAUGGCGAGUACUUCCUCGCGAAUACGUCGGCCGAGGCGACGCCGAUUGCGAAUUUCGCAUUGGCCGGAGACACGAUCGUUGUGCUGGCGGGGACAAGGCUGUGGACAGUGCAGGCCGAGGAAGUUUUGGUCUCAUCGAACAGCUCGAAGCCGGAUUAG